GGGCCCGAGUCCCUAGCGCCGUUUGGUCGCCGCUGGUUGCCGGCGCGACGCGUGCGCCUAUUUUUGAACGUCUAUUUUCAGAUUGUUGUAUUUGACUCGAUAUUUUCGUUGAGUGGCCGCGUGAGAACGUGGAAUUGCGUGAGAGCCACGACAUUGGGGCGCCACCGACCAGCGCCGGCUCCGGAAGACAGCAGCAGCGGCGCCGGACUUGUAGGCGCCACCACUCCGCAAUCGACUGUCUUCACCGGGAGCCCAGAGGCAUUCAGCUAUCGUAGCUCGACUUGCCCACAGAAACUGACACAAUGGGCCGCAAGAAAAUUCAAAUAUCUCGCAUCACCGACGAGCGGAACAGACAGGUAACAUUUAACAAACGGAAAUUCGGCGUCAUGAAGAAGGCUUACGAGGUCACAUUCACUAAGCGAAAAUUUGGUCUCAUGAAAAAGGCCUACGAGUUGAGUGUUCUGUGCGACUGUGAGAUUGCGCUAAUCAUCUUUAACUCAUCCAGUAAGCUGUUCCAAUAUGCCAGUACAGACAUGGACAAGGUGCUGCUCAAGUACACCGAGUACAACGAGCCGCACGAGUCUCGCACCAACAAGGACAUUCAGGAGGCGCUAAACAAGAAGGAGCACAAGAAUGGCGGCCUCAGUCCUGAGAGCCCGGAGCCGGAGGACUUUCUCGCGCCGCGCUCCGCCGAGCCCAAGUACAGUAAGAUCGAGGAGGAGUACCAGGUCCUGAUGCAGCGCAGCAGCCAGCUCAACGGCAACAGGGUCGGUAUUCCGUUGGGCGCCUACCAGCUGGGCGGUGGCAGCGGCGGAGGCGGUGGCAGCGGUGGAGGAGGUGGCGGCGGCGGCGGCGGUGGGGGAGGUCCUAACAGCGUGGGGGUCAGCAGUCCUUACGGGUCCGGCGAGGGUGGAGGCGGCCCUGCGCUGAUGCAGGCGUCGCCUCAGAUGCAGCACUCGCUCAGUCCUCGGCCCGGCUCGUCACAAGGUCUGCUCGACAUGUCGAACGGCUACCCGAACUCGACCUCGCCGCUGCCUGGCUCCACGUCCCCGAGCAUGUUCCACAAGGUGUCCCACAACAUGAAGCCGCAGCACUCUCCGAACAGUGUCGGCCAGAGCCCGCAGAUGCCUCCGCGCGCCGGCGCCGCUGCCACCAUGCCGUCCGCCCCGUCCGGCCUGGCGCCCGGUCUGGGCUACCCGGGCGCGUUCGGCGGCCAGGAGUUUGUCAGUCCUGACGGCCAGCUGGCCGGCCUGAACUCGCUGCACCCCUGGAGUACCUCGGUGAACAUCAACGUCGGCGGCGGGCCGCACUCCAACAUGCCGCAUCACAACGUGCCCCACGUGUCCGUAUCGAGCAGUUCUCCGCCACCGGUCGGCUCCGACCUGUCCCCAGCGCGCAUCAUCAAAUCUGAGCCGGUGUCACCUCCUCGGGACGGGCACACGCCGAACGGGCUGCACCACCUGCGGCCGGGCGGCAGUGGCCACCUCUCGCCGUCCCACCUGCCGCCGUCAGCGCCAGGCAUGGUUCACCCUGUGCAUUUAGCACCAGGGAACCCCAGUCAUGGCCACAGCUCACCGGAACCAAGCUUAAGUGACUACGAGCCCGGCCCAAUGCAUAAACGCCCUCGCAUGGCCGACCCGUGGGCCACCUAGCGCGAGAAUGGUGAAGCAGCGUUUGCAGCGACCUCCGCCAGAGGCGCGUGUGUCGACUGGCGAUACGGGUUUGCUUGCCGUGGCCUCACGGCGACGGUUUGAGCGCAGCUAUGCGAGACACGGAAGUGACGAGACAUAGAAGAGUAUCUAUUUUCUCAGGUGUGCGCCGGUCGGGGGCGAGUGAGAAGGGGGCUUUCGAGAGUUUGCUAGACGGAAGACCCCUGUACAUAGCGGGGAGCCGGUCGGCGCCGGGUGGCGCCCAGCCGAGCAGAUCUCAGCGGCGCCGGCGGCCGGCCCCCAGCGCGCUCCAUAACGGGGCCUGCGGCGCUGCCCAGCCGGCCCAGCAGAUGUUGUAUCCAUGUGCUCAAUCUCCCGACUGCUAGUUCUCUGCGCUCCGCACUGUACAAAUUGUGUUGUUGUUAGACAUGCACUCAAGGACGGAAGCUAUUUGUUGCUGUGGGUGUAAGCUAUGGCGCUGUCUGUUCACCCAGUAUAGUUAUGCACAUGUACAUGUUUCCAGGCCGACGUAGCGUCGGCCGACAGACGUGCCCCUCCCCUGGACGGCCGGCGCGCGCGCGCUGACAAUCAGUGCUGGCCGCUGGCCGCCGGCCGGCCGGCCGGGCUGCAGCUGCCGUUUUGUGCUCUCCCACUAUCCUGUUGGACCGGGACGCUGUCCGCUGUCCCCUGUCCCCUCACGGCCAUAGAAGAGGAAUCAAAACCGCCGGCUGGUGGCGUCUGCUCGGCCGGCCCCUGGUCGCUCGCUGGUGUCGGUCUUCAGUACAAACGGGCAGGCUGGGCGCGGUCAGCCCGGCCGAGCCGGCGCCGGACGACAGCGCCACCGCGCGUCCACUCCCCGUGCCGAGGCCGACAGAAUGUCCCUCUUGCCUCCGGUUGAAGCGUUGCACUUUCCCGUGUGGCGCUAUGAGCCUAAAAUUGUUACUAUUUUUACUAUAGGGUAUGUAUAAAGUUAGUUGUUUAUACAAGUCGUUGGCCUUACCCAGUGGUCGGAAGCUUUAACGCUACUUGAUAAAAUUUCAGCUUGUGACGAAGUUGUUACCACUGUUGUCGGAGAGCUUUGUUUCGUGCGCUUGCGUUGUGUUUAGUUGACCUGGCCGCCUUGUGGGCUGGCCAUUAGCAGGUGUGUGCGGCAGGGCAGGCGGUCGGCGGCGGCCUGUGCCGCCCCGCCAGCCGACAGCCUUGUAAUGUAGUCGUGCUUGGUUUGUCCCGCCGGCAUAGAGCUGGUGUUUGUGCGGCCUGCAUGGCCCGCCAAACCCCCUGUCGUACACUAGGGCACACAGAGGCGGCAGUGGCCUUCACUGCUGUUCGACACAGAAACACAGACACUGACAGACACGGCAGCAAUUUGUCCCACACUGCUGCCCGACAUAUACCUACCAUAGACGGACACAGCACUGCUGCCCGACAUACAACCAGACAGAAAGGGCAGCAGCAUCCACUGCUGCCCGACAUAAACCACAGAUAUGGCGAUGACGUAUUCGCCUGCCGUCACUGAACACACUCACUCUGUCUCUGCUAUCAAUCACGGACAUUUUUGACUGUGUCGGCCGACCGCCGUCCGGGGGGCGCGUUGUGCUAUGUUCGGAAGUUUUCUAAAAUAAAACAAACACCGAUGA